CCAUUUGUAAAUAAUCCGUCAUCUGGAUUCGUUAAAAGUUAACCUCUAAUAACCACGUGUAUAAAUAACUAGACUCUAAGAAGUGUUAAUGUGUUUUUUAAAAAUAUAACAUAUAAGUAAUUUUUUUACUUAACGUAAUUUACAAAAUUCCAAUAAUUUAAUUUUGGAGUUAAUUUUCAAAAUGUCAUCAAUUGGUCGUAAGCAUGGCCAGGGAAUUCGUAAACGAAAGGUUAAUGAUAAAACAAAAAAUAAUGCGGGUAGUAAUUUAAAAAGUUAUAAAAAAUCUAAAAAAGAGGAUGACAAUGAGAGCAUUGCCAGCAGUGAUGAGGAAUUCGCUGAAGAAAAUUUAAAAAAAUUAGAAGCUAAUAGAAGAGAUGACGACUUUGAGUCUGAUAAUGAAGAAGAAACUGCUGAAGAGAAACGGGUGAAAUUAGCCAAACUUCAUUUAUCAAAAAUAAAAGCUCAAGAAAAUAAUGGAGAACUAGAUGAUGGAGAAGAUGUUGUUGCACGUAGAUUACAAGAAGAAUAUUUAGAAGAAAAAGGAAGAUUGAGAAAAACAGUCGCCAGAAAUUAUGUAGGUCACGAAGACUUCUUACAAUUAAAAUGUAAAAAUCAUCGGGAUUCAAUCACUUGUUUAUGUAUUUCAAAUAAUGGAAAGUUUUUGUACAGUGGCUCUAAAGAUGGCACCAUAAUUAAAUGGUCAUUGAGUGACAGAACAAAAGUAAAUGUUAUAGGUGGUAAGAAUAAGAAAGACAUGAAAUCGAUACUAUGCAUGGCCGUUAGUUCAGAUGAUAAAUUUUUCACCGUCGGUCAAUCUAAAUCAAAUGACAUAAAAGUUUACAAUGGGGACAAUUUGACGUUUAUUAAAAAUUUACAAGGACAUCGUGGUGAUGUUAGUGGCUUAGUAUUUCGUCGUGAUACUCACACCUUGUACUCAGCAUCCCAAGAUAGAAGCGUUAAAGUUUGGAAUUUAGAUGACAUGGUCUACGUUGAAUCUCUGUUUGGGCAUCAAAGUCCGAUAACGUCAAUAGAUGCAAUGUCACAAGAACGUUGCAUAACAAGCGGCGGAUAUGACAGAUCAAUAAGACUAUGGAAAAUAGUACAAGAAUCACAAUUAAUAUUUAAUGACACUGAGAGCAGUAGCAGUGUUGACACUGUUAAGUUUAUUAACGACCAACAUUUUCUAAGCUGCGGUGAUAAUGGCCAGCUGUGUUUAUGGAGUGUCAUGAAGAAGAAGCCUCUGUACUCUGUAACACCUGCUCAUGGUGUUGAUGCAACUAAUGGAGAACCGAUGUGGAUUACAAGUAUCGCUGUGUUAUUAAAUACUGAUUUAGUUGCUUCAGGAUCAAGAGAUGGAAAUGUUAAAUUAUGGGAAUGUGAGGAAUCAUUCAAGUCACUUAAAUUACUUUUUCAAGUUAAAGUAACAGGGUUCAUAAAUUCGAUGGUAUUUACUCCAGAUGGUAAAAAUUUAAUUGUCGGCGUAGGUCAGGAACAUAAAACAGGCCGUUGGUGGCGGAUACCAGAAGCUAAAAAUCGUGUAAUUAUAAUUCCCUUAACGAAAAAAAAUAAUAAAUAAUUUUUAUAAAAUAAAUAAAAAUAAUAAACCAUAUAAUUGUUUAA